AUGGAGUCCAAAGAAUUGCUGAACUCGUCGGAUCCGGACGACGCGAGGAAGAAUGCGCUCCUCGGUACCAAAGCGGGGCUGGUGAUGGACUUUCACCCACCCCUCAGGGGUGGAGCUACUGCACCAGCCCCUGUGUCUACAUCUCCCCUGCCCGCGCCCUCGCAGUCAGGUUCCAGCCAGCCGCCCGCUUUGGCCGACUUUCCGAAGGGGUUAGCAAACAAUGUGCCUCAGCCAGACCUGUCCAAGGCGGUGUCGCUCUCGAUGGGACUGUACAUGGGGGAGACGGACGCAAAAGUGAUGGGCAACGACCUGGGAUUUUCGCAGCAGGGCCAGAUCGGCAUCUCCGCCGGGGAAACGGACUUCAGGCUCCUGGAGGAGAGCAUCGCCAGCUUGAACAAGUCCUCCGGCCUGGCCGAGGACGCCAAGGGAGCGGCGUCUUCUGCCGAGGUGCCGCUGGAGCCGGAUUUCCCGGGCAUGGCCGGCCGCGGCGUCCCGCUGGAGUCAGGGCCUGCGGUCCAAAGCCAGGUCGGCUCCAACGGCGGCAACUUGAAGUUAUUCUCUGAAGACCAAAGCACCCUGGAUAUCCUCCAGGAUUUGGAGUUGCCGCCGGUGUCGCCGGGCAAGGAGCCCAACGGGAGCCCGUGGCGGCUCGACCCCCUGCUGGAUGACGGGGGCUUGCUGUCCCCUAUAUCUGCAGAUGAUGCCUUCCUCCUGGAAGGGAACCUGGGCGAAGACUGCAAGCCUCCUAUUUUAGCUGACACUAAGCCUAAAAUUAACGACCGCGGUGACCUUUUACCCAGUUCCAAAAUGCCAAUGCCUCAAGUGAAAACGGAAAAGGAAGACUUCAUUGAACUCUGUACUCCUGGCAUAAAGCAAGAAAACAUGGGCCCAAUUUACUGUCAGGCCAGCUUCUCGCGGUCUAAUCUGCUGGGCACCAAGGUCUCGGCCAUAUCCAUCCACGGCGUCAGCACCUCUGGGGGACAGAUGUACCACUAUGAUUUAAAUACUGCGUCGCUCUCUCAGCAGCAGGAUCAGAAACCCAUUUUUAAUAUCAUUCCAUCUCUUCCUGCCGCCUCCGAAAAUUGGAAUAGAUGCCAGGGAUCGGGGGAUGAGGCGCUGGCUCCUUUGGGAACGCUCAGCCUCUCUGGCAGACCUGCUUUCUCUAAUGGCUACUCAAGGUAAUUCGGUUUUGCUGCUCUUUAUUAAAACA